UCAUCGCUCACCUUAUCAAUCAAAACGUCUAUCAUUCUUCAGUUAGUUUUUUCGUUCGUUCACCACACCAACAAUCAAUCAGUUGUGAAAAUGGCGUUAAUAAUGUCGUGUGUGUCGGUUGCAGUUUCAAUAUUAUACACACCGUUUCUCCUUUUAAUAUUGUGUGUGAUAUUUUUAGCUUCUAUCGGCAAAUCUCUUGGUGUUAGGAGACUUUAUGUAAACAUACUACUCAAGCUUUUCGAGUAUGGAAGACAACACAUCGAAGUGGCGAAGAAGGUGCAUCGCAGUGACAGCUCCGAUGAAGACGAGGAGCCAUCAGUACCUGAUGAUAAACCACCUUCAGCCAUUAUCAAAGAGAACGGCACCAACGGCACCAAGAUGACCGUUAUAGAACGGGAGGAGAUCCUGGGACCGUCACCAGAGCUAAAUUACAAACGGAGCAGUAGUCAAGAGAGAGUACAGCAGAAUGGGCACAGGAGCCCUGAAGAGAGGGUGAGUCUAGAGUUCAACUUGUCGCACUGUCUCGACCUGGUGAAGGCGGGCAUGGAGUCGAUCAUAGAGGACCAGGUCACAUCUGUGUUCGAGGCGGAGGAACUGCGCAGCUGGAACCUCCUCACCAGGACUAACAGACAGUACGAAUUCCUGACGUGGCGUUUGACCAUAAUCUGGGCGAUGGGUUUCGUGGUCAGAUACAUGUUCCUGUUGCCGCUCAGGAUCAUGAUAUUCGUCAUCGGGGUGGCGACAAUGCUCGGAAACACCACAAUAAUUAAUUUACUACCGGAAGGGAAGAUACGACGUUUCCUCGGCGAAAUAUCUUACAAGAUGUCUUUUCGUAUAUUGACAAGGAGUGUAUCUCUGGUCGGCAAUUUCCACGACACACAAUACAUGCCGAAAGGCAACGGUUUCUGUGUUGCCAAUCACACCAGCCCGAUCGAUGUUGCCAUGUUGAGCAUCCACACUUGUUUCUCUUUGAUAGGUCAACGUCACGGUGGGUUCUUAGGGCUUUUACAACGCGCCCUCGCUAGGGCUUCCCCCCACAUAUGGUUCGAACGUUCUGAGGUGAAAGACAGACACGCUGUCGCUAAAAGACUAAAGGAGCACAUAUCUGUACCCGACAACCCACCUAUUCUGAUAUUCCCUGAGGGCACGUGCAUAAACAACACAUCGGUGAUGCAGUUCAAGAAGGGAAGCUUCGAAGUUGGCGGCACAAUCUAUCCAGUUGCAAUCAAAUACGACCCCCGGUUCGGUGACGCGUUCUGGAACAGUUCCCGUUACGGGAUGUUGCACUAUUUGCUGAACAUGAUGACGUCAUGGGCGAUAGUUUGCGACGUUUGGUACCUGCCGAGUAUGAGGCGGGCGGCCAACGAGAGCGCGGUCGAUUUCGCCAAUCGAGUUAAAGCUGUAGUCGCGAGACGUGGAGGACUGGUAGACCUACAGUGGGACGGCCAACUAAAAAGAAUGAAGGCGAAGAAAGAAUGGCGGGAACUACAACAAGAAGAGUUCAGUAAAAGGCUAAAAGGGGAAUAAAAUCACGUAACAGUGACCAUACGAAAUAACAGUGAUUGUUGUGAAUAAAUACGAACAUAUUAAAAAUCACAGACUAUGCGACUGAAUGAACUAGUGUUGUGACUUUUAUUAAGCGGUUUGUUUUGUUGAAAUAAAAAAGGUUUUUUUUCUAAUAUUAUACAUACAUGUAAAAAAAUAGAUUUGUGAGUGAGAUAUCACGUGAGAGUGCGAUUGAGAUGGUAUGUAUGUCUGUAUCUAUCUUUUAUAAUGGCUAUGAAAAAAGUGAUUUGUAAGUGUAGUUUAUACUGUUUAGAUAGAAUUUUGUGACAAACAUACCGCACAUUUAUAGUAAUAUAUAGUUAUUGUAAAGGGUUAUAUUUAAAUAAAAUUACUUUUUCUAUCUGUAACGCUGUAUACUUAGAAUUAAUCAUAAAUUAUUUAUUUGAGUCUCUAGUUAUGAUAUUUUGUAUUAAAAACAA